CAACAGACAAACUGAGUUCUCAGAUUGUCCCUUGUAUGAAUGUAAAAAGCCCAUCUCAUACCAGUGACAAUGGAGUGGAAACCAUUAGGAAAUCCUUUUCUCACUCUGUUGGGCCCAAGUUAAAAACAGCGCUGUCCAAAGUGUUCAGAAAACCACCAACAGGUGCAAAUGGGGGACGGGGCCCCAAAGUUCUGGGGAGGAUAACAAGCAAAUUUCACUGGAGACAAAGAAGAGACAGAAACUUUAAAGAUACCAAGAUGAACAGAAGUAAAUGUAACAUUAAAGCAGCUGUGUCAUGUGAGGAGCUUGACCAAAGGACUCGGUUUGAAGAUGUUAGACAGAGGCGGUGGCAUAGUACAGAGACCCUGACGAACAAGACCAGCAGAUGGGUCGAGAGGCAGCAGGAAUUGAUCAGAUGGGAGGAAGAUGAUAGGGAGGUGGAGGGAGAGAGGGAAGAAGCAGCAUCAGACUGCGAGAGCCUUUUCUCUCUUGAUUCUCUGUCCUCUGCUUAUGCAACAGCCCUAGUAGAGCAGCUGAGACACGAGGAAGCAGCUCAGAGUGAAGCAGAAAGUGAAGACAGUGAGAUGUCUAAAGAUUCUUUGGCUGUGGGGAGCUGUGAAAAAUACUCUAUAGGGAGGAGACUUGGCCAAACAGUGGUUCCAACUUACUCACUGGUGGCAGAUGCCUCCUGUUCAUCCACAGUGCACAACAAGACACGAGAGAUCAAUUUAAAAUGGGACAACUGUCAGAAACCUCAGGUGAUGCCAGCAGAGGCAUAUUGGAGCCAGCAAGGCUCCCCAGAAACAACACAUAGAGAGGAAAUUGGUGCUACAAGCAAAUCCCUUUCCCAAAAGCCAUUAGCAACAGAUUUGAGAGGCAGAGACAUUGUCCACAACUUGAUGAAGGACUUUGGUAACAUGCAGACCACUUCAACAUGUAGCCCCCGCUCCCUGAUCAGCUGUAGUGUGAGGGAGUCAGAGAGCCAGCUGCCGCUCACAGAUGCCUGGUCCUCCACCGAUGCAGCAGACAGUCCCAGGAUUUACAUGGAUUCUCUACCUUUCCAAAGAGAGAUGAUGUUCAGAGGUGUGGAGAGCAGCGCCAGCAGCAGCCCGAGUCCAACCAGUAUGAACCUCUCAGACUCUCGUAGCGGAUCUGGAAGCUCAACAUCCACCAGCUCUGAAGCUGUAAAUGUAACGGUGCAGACUCAAGCCUCGCAGAUUCUAACAACACCACACAAUGCUUUGAUAUCACAGAAAGAUAUAGAGCAAUCAGAAAGUAUGCAAGAGGCUUUUACAGAUACUUCAAAUGACAACAGGGACAGACGUCCACCAUGUGUGCCCACCACAGAUCAAAUUGCGUGUUUGUCACCCACCGAGAUCCCCCACACUACACAACUAGCAUCAGAAUUGCCUCAGGUGUUCACAGAUGGACCUGAUGCGGUUGCUGCUGAUGUUGUGAUGUCCUCUGACACCGAAAUGUGUACCUCAGGUUGUCAAACAGAAAUGCAUUUCUCCUCAAAUCCUACAAAGCAAAGUCAAUUAUUUAAUACAAUUUUUGACACUGCAAGUGCCUUCAAAUUGUCCACUGAAGAUAAAGUACUAUGCAAUCUCGAUGGUGCAAAAGAAAAGUUGAAAGAUAUGCACAAAUACGAUUUUACCAAAGAUUUAUCCCCUACAGGGGAAGAAACAGUAGAUGGGGUUGACGCCAAAGGCUCUGAGCAGUAUGUUUCACUACAGCAGGAACUUGUUAAAUCGCCUUGUAAAAAUUCCAGGAAGAGGAACAAAGACCAGCAGGAUGCUUUCAUGGGCAGCCUAAAAAUUCCAAAAAGGAGCAACAGCGGAGAGUUGGUGAAUUUCUGCUCUACUCCACUUGGCAGCCAAGAUGAUAUUUGGCUUGAUGACAAUAACAACACUAGUGACUCUAAAGGAGAAGAAUCUCCCGCGGAAACUGACAACCCCGGAUUUGAUUCUUCUCACGCGGAUGGCAGCGUUAGACAAGACACAGUGGCUUCAGUGGCAUCGCCAGUUUCUGAUCCUGUGUCCACGAAACUUGGACAGAUUUGUCUGAUCUCUGAGGACUAUGAAUGUGGUUUUAAAAGCGGUGACAAAAGUUCUCAUAGUGAUAAUUCUGCGGGAGAGAAGAAAGCAGUUGAAAAAGGUGAUGUAACAAUAAAAGAAGUUGUUGAAGUAUCAAAAGAGGGCAAAUCCCAAAAUGAUAAACAGGGAAAACAUCAAGAAAAUAGAAAACACACAUGUCAGUCAGAGGCAAUUUGUAGCGCUAUUGACCUGAGAAUCUCAGAAGUUGUGAAAGAGCACAUGAAACUGUCAUUGCUCGGCAGCAGUUGUGACAGGAAUAGGAGUCAGAGCCUGAAUUCCUUGUCAUCAUCUGCAUGUCAUUUUAGGUGUAAAAGUAAUGAACAUAAUUGUGGAGAAAAACAGAAUAGAGGUGAGAGGAGUGAUCAGGUGAAACAAGUGACAAACUUCAUUGGAAACUCAUUGGACAGGAAAACAUGCUUCAACACAAUGGAUAAAAAUGAGCAGCAGGCCUCAGACAUACCUGCUGAACUGUGCACUAACCAUUACAACAACACUCUCAAGUCUACUGCAGUAACACAAACGAUUGACCAUGCUCAGAGCUAUUCUGAUGGCACAUCAAAAAAGCCAGUAAAUGAUUGCUGUGUUUUCCAAAACUCCUCUUCAGAAACCAAGAACAUUAAAUCAAAUCUGACACUGAAACGUCACGGAGAAUCUGAGGACACCAGCAACCUCACGUUGAAACCAAUGAGUUUAUCCUCAGUGAGUGAUUUCACCUCAGCAAGAUGUAUCGAUUCUCAAGCAACUGCUGUGGAGAAAAAUGAUACAAGUCAACAAAAAGAAAAUUCUUAUCUCAAUCCAACUGUCAGUUUUAUUGGUACAAAAAGAGUGGAGUAUCCGAGCUGCUCUGAAGGCCCUGCUUUAAAUUCUGAUUUCCCACAACUUCCCCAAAUUGCCCUUGACACACCUUUCUCCACUGAUGCCGCAAAGGUGAACACUUGCUGUAAAUAUGUAAAGGAUGUCAGUAUGGAAGACGCAUCCAGUGUUCAAGAUGAGGACUGUCACUCAAAAAAACAUAACUCUCCAAGGGCAGUCAAACAGCAUUUUCAAAAUAGCCCUCACUUGUCCGAGGCUGUGAAAAUAUUCUGUGAUGGAGGAUUCAGCCAAUUCAGACCGCACGACCAUCACAGUGACCAGAAUACAUCCGCUCCUGAGAACCAGCCCAGACAUGAUGAAAGUGAAACAGACACCAUGCUAGGAGGUAAACCUUGUAUCAAAGCACAGGAUCAGAUCAGCAAUCUACAAACAGAUUCAAAUAACUUGGCUCAGACCUUUGUCGUCAAUAUGAAUUACAAAAACAAAUGUCAAAAUAUGCCACAUUCAGAGUGCAAAUUUGAUAAAGAUACCCGUACCCAGAGCCAAGGUGAUUAUGUAAUGAAAAAUGACAAAGAUGUAUUGAUCCCCCAGUCAGAGGUGCAGCUGCCAGAAAGCUUAGCAGAGUCUAAAUAUGAAUGUGGUUCUACACAGCCGCGACACAAAAUGCAACAGGGAAAUGGCUUCAAAAAUAGAAGAUCUGUAAUGCCCCAAGAGUGCAAGAUAAACACACCUGCUGCCGCACAGGGUAAUUCUGCUCUUAUAUCAAAAAAGGCCAAGACUAAGAGGUUCAGAAGGUCUAAGAUCCAGACUCAUCCCACCUCUUCCUCUGACUCCUCUUAUAAGUCUUCAUCAGAUGAAGAGGAUGACAAAACCUCCAGAGUGCAUCACAGCAGACUUUCAUGUACAGGGGGAAAGGUUGGAUCUGAGAGUACCGGCAAACUAGAAGUCAGACAGCUUAGAAGUAACGAUGCAGAUACUUCUGCUGCAGUGUCAAUAAGAAAAUGUAAAGUGAAGACUUGUUCUUCAAAAACUGAGGUUCAGUUUAGUAGAAAUUGUUGCCAAAAAAGACAUUCUUUACCCCCGCUUGCAAAGAAAAGCGAAACACAUCAUACACUGAAGACGCAGGACUCCGCCAUGCAUUUUGCCUCUAGCGACAUCAAUCCUUUUGUUCACUGGCAAGACGAGGAGUCAAACCAACACUGUUAUAAAAACCCAGCAUUUGGAAGUGCCGCCGACCUUUCCUGUAAGUCUCCACUUUUGAACAGCGCCGAAAAGCGUAUAACAAGAUGCUGUAGUGUCGACGAUGGUUUGAACGGGCAAAACUCUCCUUUCAACUCCCAUCUCAGCACUUACGCCACCAACAAGGGGCUCUCCAGUACGCUCAGCAGUAUGGAGGAUUAUAAAGAACAAGUCAGCAAAACAUCUCAGAUUACGACACAUCAACAGACAUCCAUUGAAGUUCACAGUCGCCCAGCCAAUCUGACAGUGAACAGUAGUUCUUCAAGUAAUGAUGGUCCCAGCAGUUUUGGUAACAACUCCAGUCAUGUGGAUGAAAUCAUGGUUGUUUACUCAUCUGAGCAAGAGUCAUCUCAGGCCAAUAAAACACAGGCGCAAAAGAGGAGGACAUGUGAGCAUGGCACUCAAACUGAGCGUAGCCUUCAGACAAUGCUGGUUUAUGCUAAUAGUAGCAGUAGUAGUGCUCUAAAGAGGAAGGAGCGGCACAAAAGGAGCAACACUGAUGUACCUGUGACACAGAAAACCAAAGUGGACAUUAAAGAAUCUUCAACGUGGGCCAGUAUGGAAAGCAUGUCAGCCCAUCUCUCAAAGCUGAUCGACAGCACCUCAGACCUGCUGGAGGACGUCCAGGGAAUGAGAACAGGUGAAGUCCUCAAAUUCAGUCCACAAAAGAGCGUCAACUUGUCAAAUAUCAGCAUCUCUUAUAGUGAGUCUAAAGACUGCACCAAGAGAAACUGUUCAACUCAAACGGCAGUAGAUGUUGGGAUUCAAACAGAAAGGUCUUCAAUACUAGCAAAGAUGGAAGUCGCUAACCAUCAAGCAUCUAGUGAAAGGUCCAAACCUCAUGAAGUCAAUGUGAUAGUCAGAGUGAUUGGUUCUGAGGUUGUCGGUGUGUUGAAAGACGAGGGUGUUCACUGUGUGGUGAAAACUAAAGCUAACACAGAUGAAAAGAUGCAGAGCAUGCCCGACCUGAGGUUUAACACCUCUGCUGCAGCAAAAAGGUCUUCGAUACAAUCAGAGAAUGACCCUCUCAAAACACCACCUGUGAAGACUGCAGCUGAAUGUCAAAGACGUGUAAGAUCGGCUUCUUCUAGAGGUUCAAAGCAAAGCACGCCCGAGGCACUGUGCCGCAAAAGUGUUGCAGUCUCUGAAAUCACCCCCAGAUCAUCAAGAAGCAGCUACCAAGAAAAUCACAGCUCUUCACCGUGUUCACAGAAAGAGACUACAUACAUAGAUCGUGCAUCAUCUCCCAUUCUCACUGUGGGAAUGAGAUUACAUAUGAAGCAGGGAGGGAAACGCUCCACACUUUGUCCUCCAAAAUAUCAAGAUGGAAAUACAAACCACGCUUCAGAGGAAGAGAGCCUUAUUGUGUCUCUUAGCAAGCAGUCAGCAUUUACAUCUAUUUCAGAAGACGAUCAAAUACCCAGACAGGAUUGUGAUGUUUCCUCUAUUAAAUCAGAGUCUGUAUCACUUGAAAAGGUGAGUGAAAUGAGUUGCUCCAGCCCAAAAGGCUCUGAUAAGGGCUCUGCAAGCCUAAGUUCAUCACUGGAUAGAUAUACAGACACUGACAGGAGAAAUGUCGCCUAUAAAAACAAAGGCAACACUCAGCCCAGUCCCAAAUGGCAGAUGACUUGUCCUCAAAGUCCCCAGUGGAGGACUCCGACUUCUACUGAUGGUUUAACUAUACAGAAUCAUAUCUCUCCCAUAUUAAAACAGACUGAUGUACCCAAACAGCCGACUAUAUCUAGACAUGACAGAACAUCGAACUACACAACUAAACAGAGACCUGCAGUGGAUUCUGUAGAUUUUUCCGUCAAUGCCUACAAUCCUUCCCCAAUCAGCGCCAGGACUGUUCAGCUUCAAGAGGACGACACAGUGUCACUGGCACCCAGCGAGUGCAACACGGAUAUCCUUGUGAACACUAAACCUGUCACCAGCACGGCCAUGUGUCCAGAACAGGAGAGAGUCCCCGAGGACCUGCCCAUUCACAAUAAGUUCACCAACUGGUCAGGAAUCAACUGUGAACAAUCAAAGCGCUGGAGUCUCCCCAACAAACCGGACACGAGUUUUAAAAACGACCAUAAGGAGAGCAGAAACUGUGCUGAAUGGGGCGAGAUGGAGAGUUACGGUUCAAAUGCAGAGUCCAUGGCGCAGAGCGACAGAAGGGCGAGAGAGAUAGAGAGGCUACGCCAGGAGAGAGAGCAAGUGAUGGCAACAGUCAGCCUCAACAUGAACCCAACGCCGCUGACUGUGGAGCUGACUGAAGCCAAGCUCCAUUAUGGCCUGGGAGAGACGGAUACACUGUUAAAGAUGCUGUCCCCAAGAUCCAGAGAAGAGAUGGAGCCACCAACCCCUGCUCCUUCCAAUCAGCAGCUGUAUGAUAGACACCGCAGGAGUAUCGAGGGUUUGAGGCAGGAGAGGGAGGUUCGUCUCCAGACUUACCGGAGAGCUCGUAGUCUGAGUCCUAGCAAACAUCCUCGCUCCUUUCCUCAAGAGGCCGUUCCCUCCGCCAAGGUUUCUGCCGCCAUGCCCAGUCGGCGUAAAGACUACCUGCAACAGCUGCGCCAGGAGGUGAUAGACAGCACCAGAAUACCAGACCCUCCCAAAGGAGAGGGCCAGUGCCCGUCUGAUAUUGAGCAGCUGUUGCGUGACUACGGCCGUGCCCGGGAGGAAGCCAGGACAGAGAUUGCAAAGGCACGGGAACGACUGCGAGAGAGGACUGAGCAGGAGAAGAGGAGGCUUCAGCAGCAGGCCUUGUCUCAGGAAGUAAAGGAUGACCUGAGGCAUCGGACUAGAAUCAGCAACAGCACCUUGUGCACAGGAUCCAGCCUGAGUCUUUCCUCUGGACCAACGUCCGGGUACAACAGCGGCAACACUGUCCAGCUUUCACCUGGCAACAGACCAGUUCUUACUGGACAGACCACAGGGUUCCAGGAUGAAGGGCUGAAGGUCAGGACUCGUCCUCCUGUAUGUGGCCCUCAAAGUGUGAAGACACAGAGUGCCUGGCUGUCUGCCCAGGAUGUCCGUCUUGAGACUCUUGUCACCGGGUUUGAGCCACUGAUGACCUCAUCUCCAUCACCCCCGAUGUGUACUCGACGGCGCACCGCCUCCUUCGGUUCCUCCUCUUCCAUAUCCACAACUUAUCAGGAUAUCACAUCCAGCCUCAUCGGCCGAGCUCUAGCUGAGGUGCGGCUUGCUUCCUCUGGGGAUUUGAGCAACCUGAUGAUGGGAAAAGCCGCAGCAGGCUGGAAAUACCAGGGAGAAGAACGAGGCAUCCAGGCUUACUAUAAGCCCUCCUCCAGCCUGUCUGUCCAUGGUUUCCUGGGGGCCGGGGAGCUGGACAGACCCCUGGACAGUCUGUGGAGCCUGAUCUGCCAGCUGUCCAAGAGCCACAUGUAUAAUCAGUCAGUCCGUUCUGUCUGGACACGACCACUAGAUGACAGUACUCAGCUGGCCUACAUACUAACAGAUCCGUCCACCUGCCACCUCAGCCAGCCGCGGGACUUCUGCUGCAUCAGCACCGAGUCCAAGCAGGGUGGGCUCAGCAUAUUGGCAAUGCAGUCUGUGUUCGAGGAGUCUCUGCCUCGUCCCAGUGUGGAUGCCGUCCGAGGGGAGAUGAUGCCCAGUUGCUGGAUCCUGCAGCCAGUCAGACGAAGUGGACAGGAAGUCACCAGGGUCAUCUACCUACUGCAGGUGGAUCUAGGCUCUCCAUCUUUUCCUCACCGACUCUUGAACACUGUUGCCAGGAGACAAGCAGCAGUCAUCGCUGAUCUUGAUGUUUUCCUCGCUUCGUAAGUCCGCGGGAUGCACGAAGACGCAUCUGCAGUGAGCACUUAGACUUAACUGUCUCCAGCGUGGAGUUAGUCUGUCUUUUCAAUUUGCACCUAAAAAUUAUUUUUACUUGACUUUUUAAGAGCACUGUUACAUUAUUUCCAGCUACAAAGUUGAAGCAGCUUUUUUUCUAUGAAGGUAUUUAAAAAAAUAAAUUUUAAACUGUAUUUUUGUACAUGUUUGUAAAUGCUUUUAACAAUCACAAUCCUAUUUUACCAAAGAUGUGUUAGAAGUUGAAGGAAAUGACCUGCCGUGACCCAUUCUGUGUAUUGUUCUUAAUUUUAGGCAGCUUGAUUAGUACCACCUAUUUAGCCACUAUAUAAUACCUGUUAGCAGUAUGGUGUCUUUUGAUUUCAUACCAUAUGCUAACUUGGACAGCCAAAUAUGUUAAAGUCAAUGAGGCAUAUAGCAAGAGAACAUUUCAAUUGUCACUCAAAAGAAAUUACACUAAUUAGGCGAUAUGUUAUAUUACUAUGCAAGUGUUUUUCCUGUCUUUUCUUCCUAUGUAUAAGAGAUAUAGCCAGUUGUGUAGUGACAAGGAUGUGUCAGUACAUCUGAGAUUAAAACCAUACACAGAUGGCAGCAUAACUCUGUGCCACAUCCCAGUUAUUUAGUUUUUGCAAAUACUCAAAUGCUUAGUUAUAUCCUAUUUUGGUUUACUGAUGAGGUUGAUAUGACUGAUACAGCAAGUGUUUGAAAGGCAUGUAAGUUUCUUUUCAGCCAUGCUAGCAGCUUGGCUCUACUGAUAUCUAGACUUCUCCUGAAUGUCCAUGUGUCCAGUACUUUAAUUUAUAUAGCAAAUGUUCACAUGCCCACAUGUUAAACUAACCUAAAUAGUGUACACCAUACACCUGCUUAACAUCUGCAAGUUAGCAUUGUCAUUGUUGGUUUUGUACAUUUUAGCAUUUGUAUGUUAGCAAUUUAAGUCAAUGUACCGCAAAUGAAAUUGACCACAUCUGAGCUGAGCUGAAUUGUUCCACUUAUUUACCCGGAAACUGCAAAUCUUAACCACUUGAUGACUGUAAUUGUGCAGAAAAUGUAUUUCGAAUGUCCUUCCACAGUUGCAAAGAGGGACAAAGGUAUGUAAGCUAUGUAUUGUAUAGUACGGGUGGUGUAUUGACGGAAAUACUAAUAAUGAGUUACUAUGUUUAUCUGUGCAGGCUCUGUUGAUUCUUAUUAUUUAACCCUCUCUGCAGAAAAAUUUAGUCCAAAAACACGUUUUGUAGCACAAACAUGGAGAGACGGAGUUGGAAGGUUGAUAAUAUAGUUUUCAGAUAUAACAAGUCAAAGGACUUGCAGGCUGAUGUACUUUAAACCAGAGGUCACUGGUUCAGGAAGCAUUUGGCCUGCUGAAGCUCCAGGGAUGACGCUCUGUAGCCAACCCAGACCCCUGACCUCUUUUUUUUUUUUUUCAGUAGUACUACACGGUACCCUAAAUAAGCAUAAGCUGGGUUUUAAGGGCUUUUGUUCCCCACCAUUUUAUGAAGUUUCUAGUAUUUAUUUAGUUUCUUUUGCCUUCUGUUUGAGAUGCUGUUGAAUGUGUUUUAUAGUUGAUUGUUGUUUUUUUUACGAGCAAAGCAUGAUGCUGUUUACAGCAGCUUGCACAAAACUGUUAAAAAUGCAUUUAUUGAUGUUCAUAUUAAAAAGGUGUUUUGUUUUUUGUUUGUACAGUAUUGAAACUAUGCAGAAGCUGAUCAAAGACAGGACUGUUCUCAGUCAAAGUUGCGUCAGCUGUAUCCAGAUUUGAAGCCAUAUUAUUUACAGUAGUUGAAGUUUCAGGACUUUUUUGGCACUGCAGCUGCAGCGCUCAGUUUGUGACUGAAGACGUUCCCGAGGGAACCAAAGAGAAAGGAACAAAAAUACUGAAGACACAGAGUGAAGGAACGUCGUCACAACUUCUUGUACUGAUAUCUUUUUUGUACAUCUUUAUAUUUUAAAGUGUUUUUGUGUGAAAUGGCAUUUUUAUUUAUGUUUGUACAAUGUAUUGUAAAUGUAUUUUGUUAUAAACAUUCUGCUUCCUGUCGCUAAUAAGAUGUAAUGUGGCCACAUGUUUGGCCAUGUUUUAUGGAGACAAUACAUAUUUUUAAAUGAUUUGUUUUCUCAUUUUUGGAUUUGUUUAUCAUUGUUUUAUGUCACUAGACUUACCAAGACUUGUGUCAAUAGUAGAUGUGAUUUUAGAAUUUAUUUUAUCUUUCACUGUACAGAGUGAUAUAUGUGCUGAGUUUGAGACUUGAAGGCUGUUUUCACAUUCACCUGCUGAAAAGGAAAAGCUUCUAUGUGCUCAUUAAAAAUCUGAUUU